CUUCUGCCGCCCUCGCGCCGCCCCUCGCGCUUCUGGGGCGUGACGUCAUCAUGUGACACGGUCAGGUCCACUAGUCGUCUCCUGUCGGGACUGUACUUAACCACCGCUGUUUAGUGCAGAUUAACCCGGUCAAAUAACUGUCCUCGAGGACCGGGUACGGUUAGCUCGGCAACGGAGCAGAUUUUCUCUUUCUUUACGUCGGAGUGGCUUCCUAAAAGUUACUCGUAAAUGUAGUCCAACAGCAGCAGACGUCGCGAAGUAAAUAGAGAUCUGGACAGUUAGCGAGCGAGCUGCUAGCGAGAGCAGAGCGUCUUAAAGUAAGACUUCGGAGGUCCAGACGGCGGGAUAAAACGAGGAAAAUGGAGUUAGAGGACGGUGUCCUUUACCAGGAGGACCCAGGCUCUUCGGCGAUGAUGUCCGAGCGGGUGUCCGGCUUGGCGAGCUCCAUCUACCGCGAGUUCGAGCGGAUGAUCGGUAAAUACGACGAAGACGUGGUGAAGGAACUUAUGCCGCUCGUCGUGGCGGUUCUGGAGAACUUGGACUCGGUGUUCGCAGAGAACCAGGAGCAUGAGGUGGAGCUGGAGCUGCUAAAGGAGGACAACGAGCAACUCAUCACCCAGUACGAGCGCGAAAAAGCGCUGAGGAAGAGCGCCGAGGAGAGAUAUAUUGAGUAUGAGGAUUCUCAAGAGCAGGAAAAGAAGGAUCUACAAAGCCGUGUGCAGAUGCUGGAGGCUCAAACCAGACAGAUGGAGCUCAAGACCAAGAACGGCGCAGACCAGAUUGGAAGAUUAGAGGAGCGUGAAGCCGAGUUGAAGAAAGAGUACAAUGCCCUCCAUCAGAGACACACAGAGAUGAUCCACAGUUACAUGGAGCACUUGGAACGUACCAAAUACCACCAGAUGGCGGGAGAGACCACAGACACCGCGAGUCAGAGCAGAAUUAGGAAGGAGCGUCCGGUCUCUCUGGGUAUUUUUUCAUUGCCGGGUAGUGAUGUGAUGACCCCCGAUCUGCACAGGGAGGCUGUGGAGACUCCAGGAACGGACACAUGGAGAUAUAACAAUCUCAGCCACCCGCGCUCCAACACCAGCCUUAAGCUGGAGGCGAAUGAAUCCCUCAGGAGAGAUGGUAAGAGUUCACAGGAGAAUUUGGAAACCCAGUGGAGCGACUCCAGUAAGGAUGAACUUUCUGAUGCCGGUAGGGGAGAGUCCAAAUCCGGCACGCCCAUGUCUGCAGCGACGUCCGAUGUAGCGAUGGCGUCGGUGGACACGCCGCGGAUGGAGGAGGCCGAGGGUUUGAACAGGAACCUGAACUCCAGCAGCGCUAAACCAGACAGCAGUAAGAACAUCGGCGUACAGGACGCUGUGGCAUCGGAGACGCCAUCUUCAGGAGCUGAUCAAAGUGAGAAUGCGGAGCGAUCAGAGGUCCAGGCGAUCAUUGAGUCCACACCAGAGCUGGACAUGGAUCUCAGUGGCUGCAAAGGCUCCAGCACUCCCACUAAAGGCAUCGAGAACUUGGCCUUUGACCGUAACACUGACUCUCUCUUUGAGGAGCUCUCGUCAGCAGGAACCGAUCUCAUAGGAGACGUGGAUGAAGGUGCUGAUCUGCUGGGUAUGGGUCGUGAAGUCGAACACCUGAUCCAUGAGAACACACAGCUACUGGAGACAAAGAACGCUCUGAAUGUGGUGAAGAACGAUCUGAUCGCCCGUGUGGAUGAGCUGGUGUGUGAGAAAGACGUUCUUCAGGGGGAGCUGGAGGUCCUGAGACAGUCCAAAGACAAACUGGGGGAGAAGAACAGAGAGCUGGAGGAGGAGCUCAAAAAAGUCCGAGCUGAGCUGGAGGAAGCCAAAGUGAAGACGAAAGAGGACGAUGAUCAGAGUGACGUGCCGACGGCCCAGCGGAAGCGCUUCACGCGGGUGGAGAUGGCCCGGGUCCUGAUGGAGAGAAACCAGUAUAAAGAGAGACUGAUGGAGCUGCAGGAGGCCGUCAGGUGGACGGAGAUGAUACGAGCAUCAAGAGAGAAUCCGGCCUUGACUGAGAAGAAAAAGUCCAGUAUCUGGCAGUUUUUCAGCAGGCUCUUCAGCUCUUCAUCCAGCACCACAGCGAAAAAACCAGACGCGCCGGUCAACAUGAAGUACAACGCACCCACCUCACACGUCGUCCCUUCGGUGAAGAAGAGGAGCAGCACCCUCGCUCAGCUGCCUAGUGACAAAUCCAAAGCCUUUGACUUCCUCAAUGAGGAGGCCGAGGUAGAGAGCGUAGUGUCGCGUAGAGAGCAGAAGAGAGCUCAGUACAGGCAGGUGAAGGCUCACGUGCAGAAAGAGGACGGCCGGAUGCAGGCGUACGGAUGGAGUUUACCUCCAAAAUGCAAGGUUGCAAAUGGUGGACAAGGAGAUGGUAAAAUAAAGAACCUACCGGUGCCCGUCUACCUCCGACCGUUAGAUGAGAAAGAUGCUUCCAUGAAGCUGUGGUGCGCUGCAGGAGUCAAUCUCACAGGUGGAAAGACACGAGACGGAGGCUCCAUCGUGGGAGCGAGUGUGUUUUAUAAAGAUGUGUCUGGAGAAGAGAGCGGCCCCAUCAGCCCCAGGAAGAAGAGAGGAUCACAGAGCAGCCUGGAGCGACUGGAGCAGGAACUCAAGGAGCAAGAGAAGGAGCUGCGGCAUCAGGAUGAGCUCUCCAGCCUGGUGUGGAUCUGCACCACUACACACGCCACCUCUAAAGUCAUAGUCAUCGACGCCAACCAGCCCGGAAACAUCCUGGAGAGCUUCUUUGUCUGCAACUCUCACGUGCUGUGCAUCGCCAGCGUACCUGGCGCUCGUGAGACCGACUAUCCUGCGGGAGAGGAGCUGAGCGCAGACGGUGAGGCUUCUAAAGUCAGCUGUGCGGCAGCAAACAGCUCCACGGGUUUUGAGGGAGGUCUGGAAGGCAUCACUGUCGUGGGCUGCUCUGCAGAAGGACCUGUGGCGAUCCCUCAAACCGUCUGCACCAACUCCAUAGAGUCCUCAGACACUGAUGAGGUUUUGGGGCAGCAGGACGGGGUAACGGCAGCAGAAGAAGCUCUGGAGGCCACAGAGAGCAACAGCAACACGCCUGCAGACGAGAGUCAGCCUGGGAUCUACACAGAACACGUGUUCACCGACCCUCUCGGCGUGCAGAACAGCAGAGACACGCCGUCCAGCUACACACAGAGGGAGUGUGAUCUGGUGAAGGACGGCGUCAGCUCGAUGCCAGAGGAGCAGGAUCUCAUGAGAGAGGAAGCCAGCAAGAUGAGCAGCGUUCUGCCUACAAUGUGGCUCGGGGCUCAGAAUGGCUGUGUAUAUGUGCACUCAUCUGUGGCGCAGUGGAGGAAGUGUCUUCACUCCAUCAAGCUAAAGGAUUCCGUCCUGGGCAUUGUUCACGUGAAAGGACGUGUUCUGGUAGCUUUGGCUGAUGGCACGCUUGCAAUCUUCCACAGAGGUGUUGAUGGCCAGUGGGAUUUGACCAACUACCACCUGUUAGAUCUGGGCCGUCCGCAUCACUCCAUCCGCUGUAUGACUGUAGUGCAUGACAAGGUCUGGUGUGGAUACAGGAACAAGAUCUUUGUGGUGCAACCCAAAGCCAUGAAGAUCGAGAAAUCAUUCGACGCUCAUCCUCGUAAGGAGAGUCAGGUGAGGCAGCUGGCGUGGGAUGGAGACGGUAUCUGGGUGUCCAUUCGUCUGGACUCGACCCUCAGACUCUUCCAUGCACACACAUACCAGCACCUGCAGGAUGUUGACAUCGAGCCGUACGUCAGCAAGAUGCUGGGCACCGGUAAGCUGGGCUUCUCUUUCGUGAGGAUCACCGCUCUGAUGGUCUCCUGCAACCGUCUGUGGGUAGGAACCGGAAAUGGCGUCAUCAUCUCCAUCCCUCUGUCAGAGAAAAGUAAAGAUGUAGCGUCGGCGGGGUCAAAUCGUCCAGGCGGUGCGAUCCGUGUCUACGGUGAUGAGAGCGGAGAUAAAGUCACGACAGGCACGUUUGUGCCCUUCUGCUCCAUGGCUCACGCUCAGCUGUGCUUCCACGGACACAGAGACGCCGUCAAGUUCUUCACCGCAGUCCCAGGGCAGGUGAUUCCAUCUGCGGGGGCAGGGGUCGAGGCGGCCGCUGACAAAUCCUCCGACUCUCCCUCGCCAGAGCUGGUGAGGUCAGUGCUGGUCGUGAGCGGAGGAGAGGGUUACAUCGACUUCAGGAUGGGAGAUGAAGGAGGAGACACGGAGAACAUCGACGAACCCACUCUGAACCUGCAGCCCUUCCUGGCCAAAGCCGAGCGCAGUCACCUCAUCGUGUGGCAGGUCAUGAGCGGCGAGGAGUGACGUCGCUCCAGACGCGCUUUGGACCUCUUUUUCACUCCCUUCUGCUUUAUUUAAGACAUUUCCAGCACUGGCUUAUAGAAUUUCUAUCAUGCAAAUCACGAUUAUCGACGAAGAAUGAAGUAUUCAUACUGUUUGUGCUUUCGCUAAGUUUUCCGAAGACCUUCGCGCAUCGUCUUUGGCAAUACAACGGUUCCUUCACGCAGAUAGGAUGGCAAAUAAUGGGCGAUUCAGUCCGUGUUUUUUUUGGGGCGAGAGCACAACGGGCCGAUGCACAAUGCACUACAUCGUGCCUAGAAGAGCUUUUGUGUUUCAUUUCGCUGAAGAAGUGCUUUCUCAAUCCUUAAAUCAUCCAGAUACUGUGAGCGCAAAUGCAAUAUUUUCAUAUGAAUGUCGCACGGUUACCAAAGUAUAGAGAAACUGAUUUAACUCUAGACAAACUAUUUUAUCAAUCCCCGUCACGCAGGUCCAUGUCACGUUUUGCUCGUUCGCCGUCUUUUUUAACACUAGAGUGGUUUUCGCAGAAAGUAGUUAAACGUAGAUAAACGUGCAGAGACAAACGCUUAUUUUUAUGACACUUUUGUACACGUCUUUUUGACUCUAAUGUGUGACAGCAGGCGUCCUGCUGAUGCUGCACUGCUGUUGUGCUUGCGUUCGUGCUGAGCUGCUUGGUUUGCAGGAGAGCAGAAACAACUUCCUAUCGCAAACUAGCCAUUGCAGUAUUUAUUUCUAUGAACGAGCCUUUGCAGUUCAGAAUGUAACUUUGUACAUUGAAUAUAAAUAUAUACGAAAUACAGAUAUGUAUAUGAAAUGUA